GGGGAAGCCGAGCCGCCGAGCCCGAGCCCGGCGCCCUGUGUUGUGCUCCGCGCUCCGGGAAAUGCCAUCACUAAUUUAUGCGCUAAAAGGAGCCGGAGCAGGAGAGGCGCGGGCCGAGCCGGGGAGGCCGGCGGAGGGAGGGCGGGCGCAGGCACUGGCUGAUGUGCAGCAGAAAAUGGCUCCUUUCCCCUUUCCCUCCACCGAACGGCUCCAUAUUGCAAAACCAAAAAAAAAAAAAAAAAAAACGACGAAAAUGCAAUUGUGUGCCUCCUCCCUCCUGGUGGUGCAGGGAGAGGGGGGAAGGCAGCAAAUGCUGGGCGCUGCCGCUGCAGAGCUUUCGGUGGCGAAUUCUUUUUUUAAUUUAAAAUGCGAAGGCACCGGAUGGAGCCUGACGCGCAGGCACGCACACACACACAUACACACACACACACACACUCAGAGGCAGAUUUUUGUGUUGCUGAGUAUUUGGGGGGGGGUGCUUGCCCGUGACAGCGGGCUCCAGGGCCCCGAGGGGGUGUGGGGGGCCGCUGGGCGGACGGUGAUAGGAUUAGGGGUCAAAAGCCCGAAGUCCUCGCGGGGCCGGGGCUGGGGAGGCGGCAGGGGACGGCGACUUGGCAUUUGGGCUGCUUUGCACGCAGGGCUCCUGGUGAGCAGAGUGGCUUUGGAACAUGUCGCAGUGACAUGCUUAAAAUUCCUGACAACUGCUCAAUAAACGGCUAGUUUCAUUUUCCUCACCCCUCCCCUUCCUGCCCCUGCGUGUUUAUUUUGACUUGGGGGGGGGGAGUAUCAGGGGCCGCGUCAGGCCUGCAGAAAUCCACGCUCCAGCCCACGUCCACAGCUAAGCAGCUUUGGGUGCAUGAAGACAGAGCAGGGCCUUAUGUCAUUCCCACCUGGAGGCCGCGGCGCUGGCUCGGUUUUUUUUUUUUUUCUUUACGCCAUGUCCCCUCCCUUUUCCCUUGCAAGAUAUAACACGUGGGAGCCCGAGGAGAACAUCCUGGACCCCCGGCUGCUGAUUGCCUUCCAGAACAGGGAGCGGCAGGAGCAGCUGAUGGGAUAUCGCAAGAGAGGCCCGAAGCCCAAGCCGCUGGUGGUGCAGGUGCCUACCUUUGCCAGGCGCUCCAACGUGCUGAGCGGACUCCAGGACUCCUCCCCGGACAACCGCAGCGCCAAGCUGGACCUGGGCGCCCAGGGCAAGGGCCAGGGGCACCAGUACGAGCUCAACAGCAAGAAGCAUCACCAGUACCAGCCGCACAGCAAGGAGCGGGCGGGCAAGCCCCCGCCGCCCAGCAAGAGCAGCAAGUACUACUACCAGCUCAACAGCAAGAAGCACCACCCCUACCAGCCGGACCCCAAGAUGUACGACCUGCAGUACCAGGGCGGCCACAAGGAGGCGCCCAGCCCCACCUGCCCGGACCUGGGUGCCAAGAGCCACACGCCAGACAAGUGGGCCCACGGGGCGGGGGCCAAGGGCUACCUGGGAGCCGUGAAGCCAAAAAACAACGGCAUGACGCCCGCCCCCAAGGAGGCGGUGACGGGCAACGGGAUCGGGGGCAAGAUGAAGAUCGUCAAGAACAAGAACAAGAACGGGCGCAUCGUGAUCGUGAUGAGCAAGUACAUGGAGAACGGCAUGCAGGCGGUGAAGAUCAAGUCGGGAGAGGCGGCGGAGGGCGAGGCGCGCGCCCCCAGCCACAAGACUAAAAAGGAGCGCCACCCCCCAUCGGACAGGACUUUCAAAAAGGCGGCAGGGGCGGCGGCGGAGGAGAAGAAGGCGCAAGCUCCCUUUAAGAGGCGGGAGGAGGAGGCCCUGGGCCCCGGUGAGCCGCAGCCGCAGGACUCCGGGUCCCGUUCCGCCCUCUCCUGCGUCCCUCGCUGGCAUCGCGGGCCCCGCCCCACCCAGAAAGCCGGCGAGGCUCUUUCUCUGCCAGGCUCGCUGCUCCGGAAGCGCCAGGCCAGCCCGAGGCUCUGA